UGGUAGACACACUGCGCAUGCGCCUCUGGGAGCUACACGUGAAUCGGACAGCAUGGCUGUAAAUAUGGAAAAUAAAGACGUUGGAUUAGAUCGGCCGCAAGUGAAGAAGGCAGUUCAGGCCUUACAAGCUUUCCUCAAAACCAAGUCCACCGCAGAUUCCCUGCUGCUGGAUGAAACCCAACAGAUCAGCCUGCUCUUCACCCUGUGGAAGAUUCCCAAAACUGCACAGACAAUCCGCAUCCCAUUGCCCCACGGCCAGAGGUCCGACACAGAUGAAGUGUGUCUCUUCACUCGAGAUGAGCCCAACAUGACUCCAGAGCAGACCCAAAGGUUCUAUAAGAAGCUGCUUGAGCAGAGAGGAGUCACCUGCAUCACUGAGGUUAUCCCAUUCAAGACACUAAAGAAGGAGUACAAGCCUUAUGAGGCCAAACGCCGCCUUUUAGGAAACUUCGACAUGUUUCUGUCUGAUGACCGAAUCCGCCGUCUGCUGCCAUCCCACAUUGGAAAACACUUUUACGAGAGGAAAAAAGAGCCUUUGUGUGUGGACUUGCAGAGCAAGAACCUGGCCAGAGACGUCCAGAGACUAGUCCAAGGCACAAGUUUGAAAAUCACCAACAAAGGCAGCUGCUGUAUGGCUCGUGUGGCACACUCCGGUAUGACAGCAGAUGAGGUGACAGACAACAUCGAGGCCACAGUCCGGACAGUAAUGGAAAAAAUGCGAAUGAAAGGACCACUGAUCAAAAUCAUCCAUUUGAAGAGUCAGGAUUCUGUAGCACUGCCCAUUUACACCUCCGACCUGAGUCACCUCACUUUGGUAGAAGAACUGAACCAAAAGACCAAGAAAGGCCAGAAACAGAAAGCUGUGAAGAAAAACAAGACAGAAGAUAAACAAGCUGAUACAGAGGAGCCGAAAGAGCAAAAUAAAGCAGAGCCUCGAGACGGCGAAGAGGAGGAGGAGGAUGAAGCGGAGGAAAUCCCUCAGCUGGUUCCCAUAGAAACCCCAACCAAAAAGCGUAAACUGGAGAAAACUGCUAAAAAGAAGACACUGGAGAAAGCUCCCAAGCCUCCUGUAGCAUCAAAAACUAAAUCUGCAAACAAACUCGCCAAGAAGAAGGAUGCCAAGGUGAAGAGGAAAGUGCCCAAAGUGAAAUGAUGAUUACAAACAGCAACUAUAGGCUUUGAAUACAUAAUUAUAUUAGAAUGGUUUAAAUGUUCUGAAUCAGUGGUCCGAUUCUCAAAACUUUUGUUAUAUGUAAAAUCUGCCAUAUAUUCUUAUUGUAAUAAAAUAACCUCUGUACUACA